AUGGAUGCGGUUUGCUCCACGUAUGACGUCAAUCCUACGACGGUCUGGCGAAUCUUCAAACGAGGGCAAGCGACGAAGGCUGCAAGUGGCGUCGCCAAUGUGGCCACACGGAUCAAAGGCAACACCGGACGGCGACCAACAUUUUCCCCUGACGAGGUGGAACAGCGUGUCAAGUGCAUUCCACUACACAAACGGCAGACGUACCGAUCCCUCGCAGCAGCGACAGGACUGUUCGUGUUCGUCCUCUGGACCUACGUCAGGAAGAAAUGGAUGACAUGCCGAUCAAGUUGGACACGUCCCUACUUGAAGGAUAGCCAGAAAGCCGCUCGUCUUGACUUCUAUAAUGCCUUCACAACAGGUAGCAAUAACAUUGAAGACAUGUUAAACAUGGUUCAUGUUGAUGAAAAGUGGUUUUAUCUUACCAAACUGCGCCGUCGCUUUCUUCUGUGGCACGACGAGAAGAUCAUGCCACGACACCUACAGUCCAAGUCACACAUCACCAAGGUCAUGUUUCUCGUUGCGGUUGCGCGGCCGCGAGAAGAUUGGGAUGAUGAGAUUAGUUGCUGGAAAAUCGUGGAACGGGGGCCGGCGCAGCGGAGCAGCCACAACCGACCUGCCGGAACAGAAGUGUUGAAGACUGUGACUGUGACGAAGGACGUUUACCGCAAACUGCUCGUGGACUUUGUUGUGCCUGCCAUCAAGGACAAGUGGAAGUGGCCAGCCGACGAUGCAAGACGAUCUAUCGUCAUACAACAAGACAAUGCGCGCGGCGCCCGCACAUCACAGCUGACGAUGCUGCUUUUGUUGCUGCACCCCAAGAUGGAGACUGGGACAUUCAGAUCAAGAACCAACCAGCGCAAUCUGGGAUUUUUCAACUCCAUUCAAGCGCUGCAGCAAGCCCUGGAAUGUCAGACGAUGGACGAGCUCAUUGAUGCUGUGAAGGAAGCGUGA